GUGUUUGUUUCCCCACUAACAAAGCCCCACGUGACCAAGUCACAUAUCACGUGAACUCUUUAAGCUCAUUUCCCUAGCCGAUUAUUUACCACAGCGGCGCUUUUUCCAGACUCUUAAAACCACGGCGCGUGCAGGUUGAAGUUGAAGGAUUUCACGUGAAGGUCUCAAGAACAUUUGAAGUCCGCCAAAGAUGCGUGUGAGUGUGUGUGUGUUGGUGUGUAUGCUGAGUGUGUGUAGUGCUCUCAUCUGCCCCGAUGGAGGAAUGUGUGAAAAUGGAAACACCUGCUGCCAGACGGCGUGGGGCGGAUACGGAUGCUGCCCACUGCCUAACGCAGAGUGCUGCUCAGAUCACCUGCACUGCUGUCAUGAAGGAACACUGUGUGACAUGGAGCACGGCACGUGUGUGAACAAGACCCACACUCUGAAGUGGGUGAGGAGAGUCGAUGCCAAACAGAUUACCCUACCUCAGGCAGUGGUGUGUCCUGACCAGGAGUCUGAGUGUCCAGAUGAUACGACCUGCUGCCAGAUGCCUGAUGGGACUUGGGGCUGCUGUCCAAUGCCUAAUGCGGUGUGCUGUGAAGACAAAAGACACUGCUGUCCUGAGGGCACGACCUGUGACCUUCCUCACUCGAAGUGUGUAUCAGCUGUGCGAAGCUCCACCCCUCUCCUGAGAAAAUUCCCUGCGAUCCGCAGAGAUGCAGUGGUUAAAGAGGUAUCUGUGAAGUUCCCCGGCAGUAAUGAUGAAGGACUGAAUCGUUUCAGCAAACGAAUCCUGUCCAUCAGUGACGAUAACCUGUUACACACUCGGCAGUUUCCAUCACAUGAUAAAGUGAUUUGUCCAGAUAAAGUGUCCAUGUGCCCAGAUGACACAACCUGCUGCAAACUAGCAAACGGGAGCUACGGCUGCUGCCCCAUGCCGAACGCUGUGUGUUGUGAGGAUUAUGUGCACUGCUGUCCUGAGGGCACGACCUGUGACCUUGAACACAACACCCGUGACAUGGCCAGUGAGCUGAAUAUGAUGAAUGUUGAGGCCACGUCCACUCUGCGCUUGAAGAAUACAGUGGAUUCGGUGGCCUGUAACGACACGGCAGCAUGUCCGUCCGGCAGUACCUGCUGUAGGAAACCAGACGGUGAUUGGGCGUGCUGUCCACUGCCUGAGGCAGUAUGUUGUGAUGACCACGUCCACUGCUGCCCUCAAGCCACUGUGUGCAACCUCUCCAUGGGCACGUGUGAUGACCCUGUGGACCUUUCUCUCUCCAUUCCCAUGGUGAAGAAAGUUCCCGCCUUCUCACAGCCUUCACAGCCUGUUGAUGAAAAAUGUGACCCGUCCUUUUCAUGCCCACAAGAUACUACCUGCUGCAAGAUGGCUUCCGGGGGGUGGGGAUGCUGCCCUCUACCACAAGCUGUGUGCUGCGAGGAUCAUCUACACUGCUGCCCUCACAACACGGUGUGUAACGUGCAGGCGGGGACGUGUGACAGUGUCUCAGAUGUGGGCGCCCGCUUGACCGUGCCCUGGGUGAGCAAGACGCCCGCCGUGGCCCUGGAGCCUGAGAACGAACAAUGUGAUGAGACCUCAGUGUGUCUAACGGGUACAACCUGUUGUAAACAGGAAUCAGGAACUUGGGCCUGCUGCCUGCUGCCACGGGCCGUUUGCUGUGAGGAUCACGAGCACUGCUGUCCUCAGGGCUACAAGUGCGACGUUGCUCACGAGUCCUGUGAACACCCUACUCUACCCAGCAUGCCGUGGGUCAUAAAGCAGCCAGCGCUGAGUGUGAUGCGUAGCACCCUCGCUGACCCCAGCUCUAACGUGGUGUCAGACUCGCAACAUGAACCCAAGUGUGACGCAAGGACCAGCUGCCCCAGGGGCAACACCUGCUGCUUCAUGACAAAACUCAGCCAGUGGGGUUGCUGCCCUCUGCCACAGGCUGUGUGUUGUGGGGACGGAGAUCACUGCUGUCCCAGCGGCUACACCUGCGAUAAGGAGAAACCCACCUGCACCAAGGGAAACCACCAGAUCCCGUGGUUCAAGAAGCAGCCGGCCAUGAGGUCAGAGGUCACCAGCGACCUCGGGGACAUGAAGUGUGACGACGCCACCAGCUGUGCGGCCGGCACCACGUGCUGCAAAUUACGCACAGGGAAGUGGGGCUGCUGUCCGCUGGCUCAGGCGGUAUGUUGUGAGGACCACAAGCACUGCUGCCCUCACGACUACACCUGCGACCUGAAGAGCGGAACCUGCAUCAAACCUUCCACUACACACGCGGUCGCACUCGCACUCAUACACACGCAAGACGAAGACGAGCUGAUGUGUGACGCGACCAGACGUUGCACUAAGACUCAGACCUGCUGUCGGUCAUCCGACUCCGAGUGGGCCUGCUGUCCAUUUGAGCAGGCGGUGUGUUGUGACGACAUGAAGUACUGUUGCCCUAAGGGAUACGCCUGUGACCCUGAAAAACAUUGCACUAAAGCGUCUCCGCCCACGUGGUGGGACAAUUCACUGUAGAGAAACGUCAUCACUAAACUGCAUCAUUAAACUGCAGUCCAUAUCAGGAUGAGGGACAGUACAGCGUAGUUGCCUUUAGAUUAUUAUUAUUAUUUUCCUGCUGUUCUAGGAAUGCCGAGAGAUCAUUCUGUUGUUUGUUUUUUUUUUUAACUGACAGAAUCCAACACCGAAACAAUGACACAUUUCCAGUUUUCCUUUUCAUUUCCAAUCACUCCAAGCUCUCAAGUUGUUGUUUUUUUCCCCAUUUAUUCAUGUGCAAGUACUGUCGCCGAAAAAAAAAAAACAUUUCUCCUCAGGUAUGAAGAAUGGAAAUGUAUGAAGAAAGGAUAGAAAGACCUUGAGUGUCUCAGAGACGGAACUGAAUGUAUUGUGUAUCUGAACGUGAAGCAGACAAAUCGAAACAGCUUUCAGUUGUCCAAGCACAAGCCGCCAUGGAAGUAAAAAUGGCUGACAUUGCAAAAUGAUCACUAUCACUAACAGUGAGUUAUAAACCCGAUCGAAAGCACACCAGUCGAUGUAUUUAGGUGUUCAUCAUUAGCCUGAGUCAUCCAAUGUUGCCUUGAGAAUUAUAUUGUUGAAGGAAAAUAUUUAUAAUUUUAUUGACCGCUUCAAAUUUGUUGUUCUUGUUGUGUAUACUUGCCUCUGAUCGCAUACUACAAAGUUUUAGCAUGUUAAGAUUUUGAUAAAUCACACCUCUGAAACAACUUGCUUUUGAAAUGAUACUCAAUAUGAUUUUUAAACUAACUUUCAGUGACAUGGUUCAAAUCAAGAUUUUAUUUAUUUAUUUUUUCCAAUUAGUAUUUGGAUCGAUCUUUGUUUCUGAUGGAAAUAAACUGCUUGGAAAUGGGA